ACAAGGUAAAGUUAUCAAUGAUUUACAUGGAGAAGAGGGGGUUGAAAAACUUUGUACUGAUGCGAUGAUUUAUAACUGUGAAUACGCACAACCAUUCUGUGGUAUUAAAACAAGCAUGUUGAAUUGUCUUAUAGCUAAGAAGUAUAAUAAGGAACAUAAUGACAAGCCGGUAUCAUACGGUAUCAAAGAUAAGAAGAAAUUUCAAGGUGCGGAGGUAAUCGCCCCAGAGACCGGGUAUUACAUGGAUCCUAUUUAUGUACUUGAUUUUGCAAGUUUUUACCUGUCGAUAAUGCGUGAAUACAAUAUGGAACCUGAUACGCUUAGGUAUGAAAAGCCCAAUGAGAAACAUCGAGUAGUACAUCGCAUAGACAAUAACGUGGAAACAAAUCAGGAUAUAUACUUUAUCCAUGAGGAUACCCAAGAAAGCAUCAUACGAAACAUUCUCACAGAUCUGAUAAAAAAGAGAAAAGAAGCCAAGAAAGAGCAUGACAAGUAUAUUGAGAUUAAUGAU